AUGUCCGAACUCAGCAAGCAUUUCGAGACUCUCCAAUUGCAUGGCGGUCAAGAGCCGGAUCCUGCUACAAAUUCGAGGGCUGUUCCAAUCUACGCAACAACUAGCUAUGUGUUCAACGACUCGGCGCAUGGCGCCAGGCUAUUCGGCCUCAAGGAAUUCGGCAACAUAUACAGCCGUAUUAUGAACCCCACUGUCGACGUCUUCGAGAAGCGUAUUGCAGCCCUUGAGGGAGGUGUAGCCGCAGUUGCCGCCUCAUCAGGUCAGGCAGCCCAGUUCAUGACAAUCGCUGCCCUGGCCCAGGCAGGAGACAACAUUGUUUCAACGUCCAACUUGUAUGGCGGCACGUACAACCAGUUCAAGGUGGCUUUCCCGCGCUUGGGCAUCAGCUGCAAGUUUGUCGACGGCGACAAGCCCGAGGAGCUAGCGGCUGCAAUCGACGACAAGACCAAGGCUGUGUACGUCGAGAGCAUCGGGAACCCACGGUACAACAUCCCGGACCUCGAGAAGAUCGCGGAGCUGGCGCAUGAGAAGGGAGUUCCGGUGGUGGUGGACAACACGUUCGGUGCGGGUGGCUACUUCAUCCGGCCCAUUGACCACGGAGCAGACAUCGUCGUCCAUUCAGCGACCAAAUGGAUCGGUGGCCAUGGCACCACCAUUGGCGGCGUGAUCGUCGACUCGGGCAAGUUCGACUGGGGCAAGCACGGGAAACGCUUCCCACAGAUGGUUGAGCCGUCAGACGGGUACCACGGACUCAAGUUCUGGGAGACAUUCGGCGCGAUCACAUUCAUCAUCCGGGUGCGGGUCGAGGUCCUGCGCGACCUGGGUGCGUGCCUGAAUCCCUUUGCAGCGCAGCAACUGCUGCUUGGAAUCGAAACCCUUUCGCUCCGCGCGGAGCGUCAUGCCCAGAACGCCCUCGCAUUGGCAAAGUACCUCGAGAAGAGCCCGUACGUCAGCUGGGUGUCGUACCCUGGCCUGGAGAGCCACCCAAACCACGAGCUGGCCAAGAAGUACCUCAAGAGAGGCGCCGGCGGCGUCCUCAGCUUCGGCGUGAAGGGUGGCGGCAAGGCCGGUAGCCAGAUUGUGGAUGGGUUCAAGUUGAUCUCGAAUCUGGCCAAUGUGGGCGACUCAAAGACGCUGGCAAUCCACCCCUGGACCACGACACAUGAGCAGCUGUCGGACGAAGAGAAGAUCAGCUCGGGCACGACUGAGGAUCUCAUCCGCAUCUCUGUCGGUACGGAACAUAUCGACGAUAUCAUUGCUGAUUUCGAGCAGUCAUUUAAGGCCGCGUCGGCGGCGACCACGGAGGGUGAGGAAAGUAAACCCAAGGACAAGGAGCAGGAAGCAGCGCCGACAGUUGUCUGA